ACUCGCAGUAUAAACUGUCCUACAUUGAGUACUGCAUAGAUCAGAGGAACAAGUAACCAGCAUGCUGUGUUUGCUGUUUGUCUCGGUACUUCUGCAAGGCGCUCUUGCCCUCCUCGGGACCGGUUCUAUCGACCCCCUGACAGGACAGGACUGUUACACAGUAUGUACACAGAGCAUCCCCGGAACAUGCUACAACCCCUGUAUUGGGACGUGGACAACUGGAUCUGACCUUCUUCCUGACCUCCUGCAUCCCAUCACCAAGAAUGACAACACAGUCGACUGUGUGGUGUGUGCCUUGCCGGGGGUCUGCUGGGAUACGUGCGGACCAACAAACGAGCCGCUCCUUGCUGGGAACCCGAACAGGCCGGGCCAUCCGUUCCGUCCUAACGCCGUCAGUGCAGAGAAGAUGGCGGCAGCGGCCAGGGCUCUCCUUCCCAACGUCAACCCCGACCUGGGCUGUGCUGGCCUGGCGGUCUGCACCAUGAGUAUUCCUGGGACGUGCUACGACCCUUGCACCGGACAAACCUGGACCACAGGUGAGAACCUCGAGGACCUGAUUGGCCAGCUGAAUCCUGUUAACCCGUAAACAGGGAUGUCAUGUGAUCUGUAGCUGCUGCACAGUGGACCCGUGGCCAAAGGCCAGUCGAUGCCAAGGAAUCAUCGUUUGCUGAACGACCAUGAAUAAAAUUUUACGUGAAACUCAGACGGCGCUCUUAACAGU